AUGGCUGAUCCAGCCAAUGAAUCACAUGAGUAUGAGUGGGUGACAGGUUAUUCAUUCUCCGAUGGAACUGUCAUCCUCUUGUUGGGAAUCCACACAUUAUUAGUAAACAAGGUCAAGUUUUCAGAGGAAUGGGAACUCCUCCAGGCUUUGGUAACCAUUAUAUUCAAUUUUGAUAACACUAUUGAGGGUCAGCCAUUCAUCCGGUUGGAUGACACUCAUGAGUUUUUUGAGCUUGCAAUGCUCGAAAGGCUCACCUUCAGAUACAGGAUGCACACUGCCCACAAAUUCAUGAAAGACAGAGUCCUCACCUGUUUCUCCCCCAAUCCCAAGAAAGGCAGAAUAAUAAAGAUACUCCCUCUUACUUUCUACCUCAUUUCUCAGACAAUGCCUGAUAUCUUGUAUGAGAGUGCUAUUGCACUGGCAUCAUGGUGCAAGGCAGUUGUGUCCAACGUGUUUGGUAUUGGGCCUGAGCCAGGUGUUGGAUGCAACACACACAAGAUUUGUGAGACCCACUGGGCAAAGCUAGCCACCAAUUCUCCCCCACCCCUUGACAAGCUCGAGGUCAUUGAUAUCUUCCUACUUCUUCUGUACUUCGACACUUUCACAUGUGCACAGCACCCAAUGUUGUGCAUCAAGUGUGCACAAGUUAUGCAUAGACAUUGCAAGGAGGAGCAUCAUCAGAUAUGGCUGGGGCUUCUCAAGCUUCAAGGUCUGUCUGAGAAGGACAGAAAAGCAUGGCUGCUCACCUUGAGCGAUGAUUUUUGA